GCGAGGAGGGAGAGCUGGGGAGAGCGAGCGGUACCGGGGGACAGGCUGCAGGUACCGGCAUGGCCCGGAGGGAGCGGGAGCGGGGACAGGAGCGGGGCUGGGCGGGACAGAGGGCAGCUGGCAUCACCCGGGCUGUCUCCCUCCUGGAAGCUGCCCGGCCCCGAGCAGGGAGCCCAGCCCGCAGCUCCCUCCUCUGCCCGGCCACCGCGGGAAGCAGGGAGAGCUUCCAUCCGCUGCAGAAGAUGGGAACCGACGGGAAGAGCAUCCGGGACAGACAGGCCGUGGGGAGCUGGGGUAGGACUCUGGGCAGGCUUUCCAUCAGCCCUGGGAGUACCCGGAGAAAGGAGCUGAAGGAAAUCCUCCUGCAGAGCAACACCCCCGGCAGCACCAUUCGGUUUGCCACCUCUCUGAAGGCAUCCAACAACAGCAGCCUCCAGGCAGGGCAGCACCAAGAGCAGAAGCCAGAGCAGAGCCCCGAGGUGCUGUCCCUUGCCCUGGACCCCCUGGAGCACGAGUGGCUGCUGACAGUGGCUGAGGGCGACGUGGACAACAUCAUCAGGCUGCUGGACCUGGAUCCCAGCCUGCUGAGCAGGAAAGACUUUGUGACAGGCUUCACCGCUCUCCACUGGCUUGCCAAGCAUGGACACCAUGAGAGCUUCAUCCAGGUCAUCUCUCAUGCCCAGAAGAAAGGUUAUCCCAUCAACGUGAACAUCCCCACGGCCAGCGGUGGCCUCACCCCCUUGCACCUGGCUGCCCUGCAGGGACACGAGCUGCUGAUCAAAGUGCUGGUGGGAGCUUACGGGGCUGACACCAACUGCAGGGACCACAACGGGCACAAAGCUUGGCAGUACCUGAGGGCAGACACCUCCAGGGAGCUGAAGGAGUUGGCGGGGGCCUUGGAGGAGGACUUGCAAGAGUUGUGCUCUCACAACACCAACAACAACUGUAAGUCAUCGAGGGAGGCCAGGGCAGGGCAGGACAGUGUGGAUUCCUCCAGGACCAGGGGGAACACUCAGCACUCCUGGAGAUGGUCAACCCUCCGGGGCUUUGUCAGACAGGCAUUCGCUUUCUUCCAAGAGUCCUGAAGCUCCCCUGAGCCAUUCUCCUGCAAACCCCAGCUGAAGAGCAGCCAGAAGAGCCUGCAGGGAGCUGGGAACUUGGUGAGGGCUGGUGCCCAAAAUCCUGGCUAAGCAUGGAUCAACCCCCUGCAUGGGAGCACCAUGGGUACCCUGGAUCUUCUGUGGUCUCUUGGGGCUCUUGAUUUGAGCACAUGUGGGGCAACCAUGGCCAUUGGGAGCACUACCUGGGGACAGCAAGUUUUCUUUAACCCCACCCAGAGGGGUUUUACCCCUGUGGAUGGGGACUCUUUGCCACAGCCCAGCAGAGCCCCAUGCUGAGGCUGAUGUGGUGGUCCUGCUGUGGGGAGCUGCUGCUCCAACACUGGGGAUGCUGACCCUCCAAGGGAGGUGGUGUUGGAUGCACUGGGGCUUGCUUGUCCUGGUCUGCCUGCAGACUUUGUGUGACUGUAGAUGGGUCACAGCAGCAACACAGUGACUUGGUUCUGCCCCCUCCAUACGUGCCUCCUUUGGGUUGCUGUUUGUUUAUGACAGAUGAAGCUGUUUCUCUGUAAAAUGAGAUGGUCUGUCAAGUUCUCCAGGAGGCUGGGCCCAGAGAAGCCUUUCCAAGUGCAAGGCAAAUCCCUCUCCCUGGGGACCCCUGUCUGGGGGACCCCGAGAUGUUCAGUCCCACUGGAGAUGGAGGAGGCAGGAGGGACAUCCAGUGAGGUGGCAUGUGGUUGUUCCUGCAGGGACUAGAGUCAUGGAGCAGCUCUGGAAAGAUGAUUCAUUGCUGAAAAUCAUGGGAAAGGUAUGAAGGCUGUGAGAUCAUCUUUGCUGCUACUGAGGUCAUGCUCAAAAAUGAAACUCUCUAGAAACAUCCUUACAGCAGCAUAACCCUGCAGGUAUCUGCUGGUAACUGCACUACAAGGGCAAAGUCUCUGCUCACCUCUUUGUGUUUUGCUCACCAAAUGGAGCUCUGCUCAGCUGAUCUCAAUUUUUGCUUUCCCAUUCUUGAGGGCCAGACCUGUUUCAUGGUAUCUUCAGAAAAACAACGUCCCCUUCCUCUUUCUCAUCAGCAUGAGACAGUUUCUAGUCCUUUAAAUAGCAGUCCCACUUGAGAAGUGACUCUCAGACAAAAACUGGAGAGUUUCUGUUCCCCAGCACGGAGCAGCAGCACUUUGGAGGGGAGUAGCAUUUCUUUUUCCAGCAGCUCUUCCAGGGGUCUGGAAUGCACCUUGAUGCAUUAAGAGACACCAGUAACUCCCCUGGGGGAACUUGAGCCUGGGGGUUUCACAGAGCAGACCCUGUUUAUAUUCAGAUUGUUCUCUGAAAUGCUGCUGGGACACAGGAAUAACCCAGUCUGCAGUGGACAACACAUGGAAAAAGAGCCUC